GCGGUAGUGACAAUGCCAGUUCCUCGCGGGCGAGUUGGAGUCGAAGGCGACUAUCGAGUGAGACGAGCUGCUGCCAGCCCUGGCUCAUCGUGUAGUGCCUAGUGAAACGACAUGACGGGCUCGCGGCUGAGACCCGCGUACUUCGUGGGCCUCUUCCUGGUCCUUCUAGUCGUCGCCUUACAGGGAGUGCAAAGCGAAGAAGAGCUAGAAGUGCCGCCAGAGGAUCUAUGUCGACCGUACAUUGAGAAAGCGUUGAAGGAUCUCGGUACAGGAUCUUUGGAGCAGACCAGUGCCGAGGCUGGGACCGACGCCGAUAAAGAGAGUCAAGAAGAUGAUGGGAGACCUGCGAGUGAAGAAGAUGGUGAGCCAGCAACCGAUGUUUCGAAAGAAGAUUUGGCAACAGACGAGGAUAAACAAGAGUCGGUAGAAGCUGAAGGUGCAGAGAGCGCCGAACAAGCUGAAGAUGAGACUGACAAAGCAUCCGCUGAGGCUGAUCGAAGUAUCGAAGCUGCUGGAGAAGAGAGCGCUGAAGCGGGUGAAUCUGCAGGAGAUGAAACUGAGCAGCCAGAAGAGAAGUCUGGAGAAGCAGACGAAGGAACGGAGGAAGAGAAAGGAGAGUCUGGUGAACAGGCAGCAGAAGGAGCCGCAGACUCGGGUCAAGACGAGGGAACCGAGGAGGAGAAGGAUGAAAAAUCUGGAGAGGAGGAAGGACAGGUAGACGAAGGAAAAUCGGAGGAGGGCGCACAAGCGGAUGCUGAAAAGUCUGAAGAGGAAGCUCGAGCGGAAGCUGAAAAGUCUGGAGAAGAAGAAGAUCAGGCGGAUGCUGGAAAAUCCGACGAAGCGCAGGCCGAGGGAGAAUCGGCUGAAGAAGCGAAACUCGACGAGAAAAAAUCCGACGAAGAAGCCAAGACCGAGGAGGUGAAGUCUGACGAAGAGAAGGCUGAAGACGAGGCGACCGAUUCGAAGACGGAGGAAGAGGACGCGGAAGGAGGUGAGAAAGCAGAGGAGGAAGGUGAAUCGCAAGAGAAACAAGCGAGCGCUGAGGAGGCGAAGGAGGAGAGCACCGAAGGUCAGGGCGAGAGUGCAGAGGGUCAAGUAGAGGAAGAAGCGAAAGAAAGUGAAGAAGCUAAGGAAGGUAAGUCAGAGGAAGAGGCGGCUAAAUCGGCGGAAGAAGAGGAAGCGGAAAAAUCUGGUGAAAAAGAGACUGAGGAAGAGAAAGAAGGUGGUGAGGAAGGUAAAUCUGCGGAAGAAGAAGAAGAAGGAAAGUCUGUAGAAGAGGAAGCCGAGAAACUGAAAUCUCGUGCUAGACGAGAAGUUGAAGGUGACAAGGAUGGUGAAGACUCUGAGGAACCAGGUCAGAGCGAGGAGGAAGAACCUACGCCUGAGGAAGAUUUGAUUCAGGAGAUAGUAGUACCGGAGAACUUGCGACCACGUGAGCAUAUUAAUCAAUUAUUGAAGCUCGAUGAGGAGAACGAAGAGAAGGAACGUUCCAUCCAGAAUGCCGCAGAUAUUGUGCUGAAAGAACUGAAGAGGGUAUACGAUAGCGCGAUCCAACCGUUGGAAUCUCUGUAUAAGUACAGAGACUUGAGUAACAGACACUUUGGUGAUCCAGAAAUAUUCUCCAAGCCAUUAGUUCUUUUCAUGGGUCCGUGGAGCGGUGGGAAAUCUUCCAUCAUAAACUACUUGCUCGAUAUCGAGUACAGGCAGACGUCGUUAAGGACAGGUGGUUUGAGAGAGUGCUUAGAGGAGCAAUGCAAAACGCCAAAUGGAAAUGACACAGGAGCCGAGCCAUCUCCGGCCUACUUCAAUAUCAUAAUGCACGGAGAGGAAGAGGAAAUCCUCGAUGGCACGCAGCUCGCCGCUGACUGGACUUUCUCCGGAUUGCAAAAAUUCGGCCAAGGAUUGCUCGAUCGUCUCAAGGGUUUACGACUCGACAAUAAGUUACUAGAAAAAGUCAAUAUCGUCGAGAUACCAGGAAUCUUAGAAAUUCGAAAACAAGUCCAACGUUUGUUCCCGUUUAACGAUGCGUGUCAAUGGUUCAUCGACCGUGCGGACAUAAUAUUUUUAGUGUACGAUCCGUCGAAAUUGGACGUCGGGCCAGAAACAGAGGCGAUCCUUGAUCAAUUGAAGGGAAGGGAGCAUCAGACACGCAUCAUUCUUAACAAAGCUGAUCAAGUGAAACCGGAGGAAUUAAUGAGAGUGCAAGGCGCUCUAAUAUGGAAUAUAUCACCGCUGAUGUCCAGCGCUGAGCCACCAAUAAUGUACUCCACAUCAUUGUGGUCGUUACCGUACGAGGCUGGUGCACCCACUAGAUUACUGUAUGCUCAGGAACGUGCAUUCCUACGCGACUUGCGUACUGCCAUUGACAAACGAGUCGAGCAUAAGAUAGCCAGCGCCAGGAGAUUCGCUGUGCGAGUGCGCAAUCAUGCUAAAAUGGUAGACUGCUAUCUAACCACAUACUAUAAUCACAAGACAUUCUUUGCAAACAAGAAGGAUAUCAGUGACAAGAUCAUCGAGAAUCCUCAAGAUUACCAUAUCUACGAGGGCUUAAGUACACUGAAGAAUAUAUCACGCUAUGACUUGCCAGAUCCGGACGUCUACCGAGACUUCUUCCGAUUGAACGUUCUCUACGACUUCCCUCUACUAAGCUCCACGUGCACGUACUUCCGUGGAUGCCCGAUCAACAGACUCGACGUCGCCAUUGCCUACGAUUUACCAGAGCUCGUAGGCAAAUACAAGAAAUCCGUAGAGCAAGUCAUACACGAGUCUGAGACAAGUCCUCCUAGUUGAGUACAAUCCAACAUUCUGAAGCAGAGCUCUUGAUAUACCCGUAUGAGGUAUGAGGUGAGAGCAAAUUGUACAAAACAAAAAGCGAAUGAGUGAAAGGAAACAAACAUUAGUGUAAGUUCAUUUACUUGAAACAGUACAGAGACCUUUCUUUCCUGAAACAGCGAGAAAAUUAAAAGAAGUAGGGUUGGAUCACCCGCCUUUAGGUAAAAGAGAAAAAGAAUAAAAAACCCAAAAAAAAUCCAACAGGAUUUUAGACAAAGAGAAGAAUGUGAAGCCUUGAACAGAAUUCUCCUGAAACACAACAUAGCGCGAUACACUGAACAGUUCAUUUAAAGAUGAGAAGAGACAGUUUCGGAGUACGAAGAUAUACUGUUGGUUUUAUAGGUAAACAACAUGGAUAUUGGUGACACUAUGAAGGAAACGAUACAUUCGUCAUGGUACGCUUAACGUAGGAUUAAGUGUACUUGUGAAUUGGAAUGAAUCGAAGAUUUCAAGAUACUUGUGUUGGGAAGACAGUACGAGUGUUACCAUUCCGAUCUAAAAAAAAAAAAAAAAA